AUGUUUCAUCUCUAGCUCUUUUAAGUUUUGGUUGCUAUUUAUGUAAAUGUUUAGCAAAUUUGCGAAAAAAGUGCAUAUCAGUGUGCUCGAUUGCUGAAAAAGUAGCUGCGUUGCAUCCGGCGAAGAGCCCAUCAAAGGCGGCCUAGUAGCCAAGUGAUUGGCGGGCCAAAGGAAGCCCAAGUCGACUUGUUUCAUUCGGGGCGCGGCGCCUGUAGAAAACGGACAAAACAUCCUUAGGACAGCCACACACAAAGGGACAUCGAUACUUUCAGCCAGCACACACAAUGGCAGAGCGACCGAAAAAUUUGUUUGCAACCGGAUCCAGCCGCGUCCGCACUCCCCCGGAUCAGCUAAGCCUGAACAACCUCAGCAUUCGCCAUCCGCCCUCGUCCACGUCGUCCACCUCGUCGGGUUCCACUUCAUCGGGCUCAAGUUCCUCGUCGCAGCACAACCCUGUGACCCGCUGCUUUGGUGCCCAGCAGCCUCAACAGGCUCCGCCGGUGGUCAGCAGUCAUGUGCCCGCGGUUCCGGCAACUUCGACUUCGAGCAGCACUGCCGCCGAUCGCCACCGGGAGCGCAUUCGCCAGCAGGCUUGCGGCAAGCUUCAGUUCGGCGAGGGCGCCGCCAACACACACACUUUCACUUCGGACGAUCUCGAGGAUGAGGGUGAAAUUGGACGGGGAGCCUUUGGGGCGGUCAACAAGAUGAUUUUCAAGAAAUUGGACAAGGUAAUGGCCGUUAAGCGCAUUCGCUCCACCGUCGAUGAGAAGGAACAGAAGCAGCUACUCAUGGAUCUCGAGGUGGUCAUGAAGUCCAACGAGUGCAUCUACAUCGUUCAGUUUUAUGGGGCCCUUUUUAAAGAGGGCGACUGCUGGAUUUGCAUGGAACUGAUGGACACAUCGUUGGAUAAGUUUUAUAAGUACAUAUAUGAGAAGCAGCAGCGUCACAUUCCGGAGUCUAUACUGGCUAAGAUCACGGUGGCCACGGUGAAUGCCCUCAACUAUCUGAAGGAAGAGCUUAAAAUCAUCCAUCGGGAUGUCAAGCCGAGCAAUAUUCUACUGCACCGUCGCGGAGACAUAAAACUGUGUGAUUUUGGCAUUUCGGGUCAGCUGGUUGACUCCAUUGCCAAAACCAAGGAUGCGGGCUGCAGGCCCUACAUGGCGCCGGAACGCAUUGAUCCGGAGCGCGCUAAGGGCUACGAUGUUCGAAGCGAUGUUUGGUCAUUGGGCAUCACUUUGAUGGAGGUGGCGACAGGCAAUUUCCCCUAUCGCAAAUGGGACUCGGUCUUCGAGCAAUUGUGCCAGGUUGUGCAAGGUGAACCGCCGAGACUAUUGACCUCCUACAACGGCAUGGAGUUUUCCAAAGAGUUUGUGGACUUUGUCAAUACUUGCCUGAUCAAAAAGGAGAGCGAUAGGCCCAAGUACAGCCGCCUACUGGAGAUGCCCUUCAUCCGUCGCGGUGAGACGAGCCACACCGAUGUGGCCGUGUACGUGGCCGACAUCCUGGAAUCCAUGGAGAAGGACGGCAUCACGCAGUUUACGGCUAACCAGCAAGCGGAGAGUUAAUCACCCUAUGCAAAGAAGCAAGUCAUAAUUUAUCUAAGUAUCAACAAGAACAACAACAAACAAACUAAGCAGAAGGAGAAGCAGAAAAAAUUAAAAUUGUUGUCUACUUUGUAGCAUUCGUAGAAAACGUAGCGCAUAUUUUGUUAAACAGACAAAACAAAACUAAGCAAAAAGUGUGUAAGCGACAGUAAGCAAAAUGUGUGUAUAGUUUAAAAUCCCUAAAAAGCCUAUUGUAAUUCAAUAAUUUUUGUAUUUGUUUUAAAAAUAAAUUUGUGUUAAAAACAGGCAAACAUCGGGUAUACUCGAGUACUCCGGCCAAUAAAUUGACCAGCUUUGUACUCACAGUUCAAUGCCUAUUUACCUUCAGUCAAGCAAGCAUUUUAUAAUCCGGUUGAUUUUUCUAUCAUUUUUGAUGAUACAAGACCAAUUGGUAAUGCAUUUUGCUUUAAUAAGCAACCACAUGCGAAACUUAAGCAAUAUUUGUAAAAAAAUUCGUGAAAACGAAAUUUGUAAAAGAAAAUGCAAAGGUUAACUACCCAUACAAAACUAACUGAAACACCAAUACGUGUUAAUUGAGCGUAAAAAAAUAGUUUAAAAGAACUAUUGAAUUAUAAAUAAUUUAUUGAACAGAUUUUGUAAUCCUAUUAUAUUUUUUAAUUUGCUUAUAUGAAAAUGAUUGUGAAAAGCUUUAAAUAAUUGCCAAGCGGCUGAGAUGUUUAAAUUGUAGUUGAAAUUAUUGCAGAAAAAUGCAAAAUUAAUCCGAUAAUAUAUAAAAUAAUUAGCCACAACACCGACACAUUCACACACUACACACAUAUACACACGUUUUUAUGCGUAGUAAUUAGUUGUAAGCAAAGCAAAAAUAUUUAGCAAAAAGUUACAGCUACAAAAAACAAAAGUCAUGUGAAAACUGAAAAUAAAACAAAAUAAAUGUAUUGUGCCUAAGUAUAAACCGAAAUGAUAAAAACUCACCAAGAGAACUACAAUUUAAAUUUAAUCAAAACUCAUAAGCCAUUUAUAAUCCUUAGCAUAGCUUUUAAUCCCACGCUUAUAUAGCCGUACUGCAUACACCAUGCCAUCCCUCCCCAAAAAGAUACACAGCCAAACAAUUGCACCGUCUUUGUCCCCGUCUCAAAACAACAACAACAAAAAAAAGUAAACAAAUACUAAAACCAAUGUUUUUUGAUUAACAUUUUUAUGCAAGCGUCAAUGUGAAAGCAAAGUUUAUUUUGUAUACAUAUAUAUACAUGCAUAAUAUAUUUGCACGGGUUGCAUAUAGAGUAAGCAAAGCAACAAGAGCCUGCAGCCAUUUUCUUUUAUUUUUUUAAAGUUUGUUUGCCAAAUAAAAUCCAACAGCAGCAUUUAGAGCGAAUAUAUUCAUAUAUGAAAUAUAUUUUUAUUAAGCCCACAAACAUCCUAGAAUUCGCAAAUAGACUUGGUAAGCAAUGUUCGGCCAGCCGAGACUUGCUCGCCCUUGGAAUAGUAUUUAUAAUAAACAAAUAUUAAUUAACGAAAGGAAGCAUAUGCAUUGGAAUAAUCUAAGAUGAAAUUAAUUAACAUUCCAUUCAAUAACCACAUUAGUGAAGGGCCUACAUCUCUGAUGAAAUAGUUUCUAUGGUUGCAGACAAAGAAUGACAAUGGUGGCGUACUUAUUGACCACAAAGUUGAAUUUAAUACCCUAAUCAGAAGGAGGUAUGGUUGAAAACAAUUACCUAAGUACUUGGGCAGAUCACUUUUGAUAAAACUAGAGGUAGAGGUAAUAAUCAUAUUAUACAACUCAUGUGUAAUGCCAGGAAUAAUGCAAUCGCGAGUCGUCAAUAUUUUUGACAAUAAAUGGAGUAUAAUUUAUUUGUAAAGUAAGAAAACCUUAAGGUCCCUUGAGAGGAUACGGCAAGGGCAUAUGGAUUGUGUAUAUAUGGUAGAUAUACUAAGGGCAUAUGACUGGCAAAUAUUUAUAUACUAAUCUAUGAACUAGCUGCAAGUCAAGAACGGUAGCUAUGUCUAUCAAUCUCGAACCCGAUUCCCAAGUGAAAUUUAACACCAAAACCCCUAAGAUUGGCUUCCAUUGAUCCAAAGCCUUUAAAUAUAAAAUUAAAUCGCAAAUUUAUGCCACAACCUAAAGCUCUUAACUAAAUCUAACCAAUGACAAAACUGGAAACGCAACGUCCACAACAAUAUUAAUAUUUGCAAACUUUUAAACCUAGCUUACAAGUAAGAACAGAGUGCUAAAUUUCUGAAUAUUUGUGGGAGCCCAAUAUUCGGGUCCAGAUCCUAAGUAAAAACCAUUGCAGAAUCCGGAGACGCUCACUCUACACUUAGCGCACUAAGUUUUACUAACUAACAGCCUAUACAAAUAACCCCGGCUUGUGUCUCCAACUCGGCAUUAAAUAAAAUUACACAAGGAUAACCAAACACCGAAAGGAAACGAUUCAAUGUCAUGGCAAAUACACACAGAUAAGUAACAUAGUACUGUUGAACAAAAUUGAAAAAGCAAAACACCACAAAUAAAACAAUUUGUAAAAAUAUUAAUAGCAAAUAAAAAUUAUAAUUCAAAAACUCAA